AUGGAGAUACUAGACAAGGACGCCGAAGUGUCGGAGACAGUGAUUCAGUUUGUCGAUCCCAAUGUUUUGGCGAAGCUUCCGGAAGGCAGCAUAUCAAUUGGGAUCUAUCCGUAUGGAGCCACUUACUGGACUCGCACUGCUGAGAUCCAGACAAGACAAGCAGAUGGGUCGCAGCUGAGUUUCUUUCUAAAGGUAUCCCAAAACGAGACCGGGAAGAAAAUGAUGUUGGGCGAGAUCGUGUCCAUCAAACAUAUCCACGAGGCUGUACCAGACUUAGCUCCUGAGCCCAUCGCCUGGGGGUCAUACCUCACUGUUCCGAAUACGCAUUUCUUGCUUCUUAGUUUCGUCAACAUGACCGAUGAUAUCCCGGACAUCGAUAGGCUCCCAAGAAAAGUAGCGGAACUUCACCAGAAAGGCUGCUCACUAAACGGAAAGUUUGGAUUCCCGGUACAGAACUAUCAAGGACGUCUGUCUCAAGUGACCACUUGGACUGAUACGUGGGAAGAGUGCUUUGCUAACAAUCUGAGGGGUAUGUUGGAACAUGAGGAGAAAACCCAGGGACCCAAUGCGCGAUUGGAGGUCCUUUCAAAGGACAUCUUUGAGAAGGUUAUACCAAGGCUUCUGAGGCCUUUGGAGACAGGAGGUCGCCAUAUCGAGGCUCGACUGGUACACGGAGAUCUGUGGGAUGGAAAUUGCUCAACAGCGGUUGAAACAGAUGGCCCCGUGAUUUAUGACGCGAGCGCUCUUUACGCUCAUAAUGAAUAUGAGCUUGCACCAUGGCGAUGCACUCGACACAAAAUUGGGAAGCUGUACAUGAGAGCAUACCACCGGUACUUCCCAAUCUCUGCUCCUGAAGAGGAUCACGAUGACCGCAAUUUGCUGUACUGCAUUCGAUUUGACGCAUGUUCGUCAGCCUUGUACCCUGGCAACUUGAGAUUCAGAGAUAUCAUGAUCGACGAAAUGCAAACUCUCGUCGACAAAUAUCCCGAUGGGUAUGAGGGCUGGGCGAGGGAGCAGAAGAGCUGA